CAUCCAGCACUAUUUAUUUUGACUCAGAGGAGAUCGCGCUCAGUGCUCUGAAAUCAUUCAUGCAACACACAACUUGUAGGGUAUCUCUUAGAAAAUAAACUGAAAUAUGGAUGAGUUAUUCGGAAAAUCAGUGUUGUAAAUAGUGAAGGAAUAAUUAAAUGUUGUGAUCGUUUAAAUACUUCGAAAUGUGGACAUUUGUGUUUAGUUUGGUGUUGUUUACGUACACUUUCGUGACUUUAGUGGGCACAGCUCCAGCGUACCACCACAUACGAGGCCCCCAUUACACGAUUAGCACCUCGCCAGACGCACACAAGCAGCCGUUCAUAGAGGUCCGGAAUGUGACGUACCACGGCAGCGGGCCCAGAGAGGAGGCCCGGGCCAUGUGUUCCGUCCGCACGCAAGAGGUUAACGCCACCGCCAACGCUACCAUCACAAGGAGACUGCAUGGAGUCGUCACGUCAAGAGAACUCCACAGCGCUAUACAGCGACUGGAAGUGAUAAUAUUCGGGCAAAUGCAGCAACUCUGGCAGAGUCUAGAUGCGCUCCGCGGCCAUCUUGCGGGUGACACUCGUACUACGCGCACGGCUUUCCCUGACCGAAGAUCUAUCGCGUUCCGAUACAAACCGGGCAUGUAGUAGUUUAAGAAUAACUUGUGUCAAUAGCAUAAGGUUUAUUAUAAUGUACCUACCUUCAAUCUACCUCUUUCGCAGCUGUACCAACCAAUUGCCACCGGUGUAGAUUUUUUAGGAUUUUUAAUUUAUUUUAGAAUAGAUCUCAAUAAGUGUCAUAGAAAAGUUUC